AUGGUGGGUAGCGGACGGGCCAUGUUGGGUAGUGGACGGGCCAUGGUGGGUAGUGGGUGGGCCAUGGAGGGCAGUGGGCGGACCAUGGAGGGCAGUGGGCGGGCCAUGGAGGACAGUGGGCGGGCCAUGAUGGGCACUUGGAGGGCCAUGGAGGACAGUGGGUGGGUCAUGGAGGACAGUAGGUGGGCCAUGGAAGACAGUGGGAGGACCAUGGAGGACAGUGGGAGGACCAUGGAGGACAGUGGGAGGACCAUGGAGGACAGUAGACAGGCUAUGGAGGGCAGUGGGCGGAUCGUGGAGGGCAGGCAGUGGGUGGGCCAUGGAGGACAGUGGGCGGCCAUGGAGGGUAGUAGGUGGACCAUGGGGGGCAAUGGGUGGGCCAUGGAGGGCAGUGGGCGGGCUAUGGAGGGCAGGUUGGCUUCCUCCAUGCCCGUGCCUGGCCCCUCCAUGCCCGUGCCUGGCCCCUCCGUGCCUGGCCCCUCCAUGCCUGGUCCCUCCAUGCCUGGCCCCUCCAUGCCCGUGCCUGGCCCCUCCAUGCCUGGCCCCUCCAUGCCUGGUCCCUCCAUGCCUGGCCCCUCCAUGCCCGUGCCUGGCCCCUCCACACCCACGCCUGACCCACUCGUGUUCCCUGGACCCCUGGUUGCCACACCCAGGGAAUGUGUGGUCACCAGCACGAUGCACGGCCAGCCAGCCCCGCGGCGUGUGGCGCAUCACAGACGCCAGGGUGUCUGCUGUGUGAAUGACGUCACUAUUGUCUGGCUACCACCCCCAUGA